UCCACAAACCUAAAAUAGAAUGGUCAUCUAUUACUUUUCUUUCUUUCUAUAAUAUACCCUCUAUGCUCUAUACUCAAACAUUGUUUAAAGAACACACAGAGAGAAAGAAAAAGGAGAAGAAGAAGCUAGAAAAGAAGAUGGGAAGAGGUAAGAUUGAGAUCAAGAGGAUUGAAAACUCAAGCAACAGGCAAGUUACUUAUUCAAAGAGAAAGAAUGGAAUCCUUAAGAAAGCAAAGGAAAUAAGUGUUCUUUGUGAUGCUCAAGUUUCCCUUAUUCUCUUUGGUGCUUCUGGAAAGAUGCAUGAAUACAUCAGCCCUUCUACCACGUUGAUUGAUAUUCUGGACAGAUACCAGAGAGCCUCUGGGAAAACCCUAUGGGAUGCUAAGCAUGAGAACCUUAGCAAUGAAAUUGAUAGAAUCAAAAAGGAGAAUGAUAGCAUGCAAAUUGAUCUCAGGCACUUGAAGGGAGAGGAUAUUACCUCACUGAAUUACAAAGAGCUGAUGGCCCUUGAGGAAUCCCUUGAAAAUGGUCUUACUGGCGUCCGUGACAAAAAGAUGGAAGUGCAUAGGAUGUUCAAGAGAAAUGGAAAAAUCUUGGAGGAUGAAAAUAAGGAACUCAAUUUUCUUCUGCAACAGCAUAUGGCACUUGAAGGUGUGGGAAACAUGCAUGGACAAUGGAUUUAACCACAUCAUGAGGUCCAUCAUAAGGGAUUUGGUUUGCAAAUGCAGUUUGAUUUACGUGUGUUUCCUAAAUAUCAUUAGAAAGAAUGUGUGUUGCUUAAAUAUGGCUGCUAUACUAUGUCUAAUUAUACAUGUAUUAUCUAAGUAUUGGGAUGUUUGGCAUUUCUAAUUUCGGUAGUAUUUGUUAAUUAAAGGUCUUUGGAGACCGUAGACUCUAAACUGUCCAAAAUAUGUUAUGAAGUGAUUGAAUUUGGUUUCAUGGUGCUGUUUAA